AUGAUUACACCACCACCACCACCAACAACAACAACAUCCUCUUUAGUAUCGGAACUGAAAGAAGUGCCUAGUGAUUUCAAACCAUAUGUGAUUGAGUGGAUAAAAGAUGACGCAAUAAAAGCUACGAAAAUUGGAUCCAAGAUGGCCGUCUUGUAUAAUCGAAUAUUGGGCCAAGUCAAGCGAUUUCCAGAUCCGAUAAUCGACACGCGCACACUAAAACUGAUUAGGUACAUUGGAGUUAAAACAGCAGAAUCAUUGAGGGAUAGGGUGUUACAGCUCUGCAAAGAAAAUGGAUGGGAGCCACCACAUGGAUUCUUGGAUGAAGUGGAGGCACGCAGAAAAGCAUUGAGUAGCAGAGCUGACGAAGCAGAGGAACAAGACAAAAAUCGGGAUAGUCAAAGCCCAGAAAAACGAGCCAAAAAAGCAAAAAGAGCAAGAAGUACAGCAAAUUAUGUACCAAAACACCGUUCAGGUGCAUUUGCCAUUAUGAUCACACUAUACUUACAAGAUGGGGAAGGACAUGGUAUGACUCGAGAUCAAAUCACGUCUGUUGCAUCAAAGUAUUGUGACAAGUCAUUUACUGUCUCAAACACCGCGUUCCAUUCAGCUUGGGAUUCGAUCAAGACAUUAAUGACAAAGGAUUUGGUUUACUCCACUGGUCGGUCUCCAAAGUAUUAUUUUUUGACCGAAGAAGGUAAAGAGCUUGCAACCAAGUUGAAAGAGGCUGUGGAUAUCGAGUCUUCUCCUUUACAUCAUACCAUGGCAAAUACUUCUUAUGACAAUGGAUUGAGGCUCGACACAACAUAUGAGCAAUCGUCGCCCAUUUCCAAUAAAAUGACAUCGGAAAUCACCACUAAUGACCUUCAACGUGUAGUGCAACAAGACACUACACCGAUUCUAUCUAAUUUUACACAUGUACCUGGUUCAGGGGAAAAUGCAAAAACCUUAGCAAAAAAAUCAGCUCAUGAUGCAUCGAGUCGAACGUAUGAGGGAACAAAAUAUGAGAUAUGGAGCAGGAAUGAGUAUGACAUUGUAUUGUAUAUAGAUAAUCGAGAAGUGAGGUCAAAACAAGAGAGAGAUUUUUUCCAAAGAAAAGUGGAAGGUGCUGGUGUUGUUUGCGAUGCCAAGUCUCUAUCAUGCGGAGAUACUAUUUGGGUGGCAAAGCAUAAGCAAACAGGUAAAGAAGCUGUUUUGAAUUAUCUUUGCGAGAGAAAAAGAAUUGACGACUUGUGUGAUUCCAUUAGAGAUGGCAGGUUUCAAGAACAAAAAAACCGAAUGAAAAAAACUGGGAUUAGCCAUUGCUAUUAUUUGGUCGAAGAGGUGUCAUUUGCCAAGGAGCGCGGCUAUUCGACCCUUGAUUCAGUGCAAACUAGUAUAUCACAAAUAAUGACCAAUGCUAAUAUUUACUUGCGACGAUUCAAGGAUAUAGACGAGACGACAGAUUUUUUGGUGCUAUUGACCAAAGUUAUUGAAGAAAGAAUGACAGAGACCAAUCUAAUAGUGCUAAAACCAAGGGAUAUCGAGAACCAGGAACAGUAUCAUCAAUUAUUGACUAGUUUCCGACACAAAUUUGAGGCUAGAGCCAACUACGCGUGCGCACAUUUAUUCUCAAGCUUUCAAAACAUGUUGGGCAAGACGUCUCAAAUGACAGUUAAGGAAUUGUUCAUACUAAUGUUGAUGACCAUUAAAGGGUGUUCAUUAGAGAAGGCGGUUGUCAUUCAAAGUCGGUUCCCCACUCCCAAGAAUCUAAUUGAGUUUUACCAUGUUCAGCAUGCACAAGCUUCAGUGGACUCGAAAAAAGUUCUUUUAUCUGAUGAGUUCAAGCAUCAAGUAGGAAACAAAAAGAUAGGAAAGGUUUUACUGGAGAAAGUCUAUGAUGUUUGGGGCUCAGUAUAG